GGCAACAGAGAAUGGGAAUGGGACCAGGACCGGGAAUGGGGAUGGAAUUGGAACCGGCACCACCACUGGGAAUGGGAACGGAACCAGGAAUGGGAACGGGAUUGGAACAGGGAAUGGGAAUGGGAAUCAGGAAUAGGAAUGGAACCGGGAAUGGGAACGGAAUCAGGAAUGGGAACGGGAUUGGAACAGGGAAUGGAACCGGGAAUGGGAAUGGGAAUGGAACAGGGAAUUGGAAUGGAACUGGGAAUGGGAAUGGAACUGGGAAUGGGAAUGGAACCGGGAAUGGGAACGGAAUCAGGAACGGGAACGGCAUUGGAACAGAGAAUGGGAAUGGGAUUGGAACAAGGAAUGGCAAUGGGUUUGGAACAAGGAAUGGGAAUGAAACCGGGAAUGGGAUUGGAAUUGGAACUGGUACCAGCACUGAGAAUGAGAAUGGAACCAGGACAGUCUAUGGGAACCAGGACCGGGAGUGGAACCAGCAAUGAGAAUGGAACCAGCACCAGUUACAGCAAUGGCAAUGGAACCAGUACUGGCAAUGGGAAUGGCAAUGGAACCAGUACCAACACCACCAAUGGCAAUGGAACUGGCACCAACACAGGCAAUGGGAAUGCACAGAAAUGAGGCACCGGCACGGCACAGGGACCCUCACUGGCUGGGAUCUCCAUAUGGAUCUGGAUUGCAGGGCACGGGCACUGUGUGUGCGCACGCACCGGGCUGGGGCACACGGAGCCCAUGGUCACAGCCUGCAGCCUCAUACAGGCAUGGGUCCAUCCACCCACCCGUCACCACCUCCCUGGCACCAUGUACACCACGCUCCCCAAAAGCAGUUCCCCGUUUGGCCCCUCUGCCACCCUCCCGGGGCUGCACAUCUGGCGGGUGGAGAAGCUUCAGCCAGUGGAGGUCCCCAAGGCAUCGUGGGGCACUUUCUUCUCCGGGGACGCCUACUUGGUGCUGCACAACGGACCAGAGGAGCGCGCCCACCUCCACCUCUGGCUGGGCCGGGAUUCCUCGCGGGACGAGCAGGGUGCCUGCGCCCUCCUCUCCACCCAACUUAACAUUCUGCUGGGCGAGCACCCCAUCACGCACCGUGAGGUGCAGGGCAACGAGUCUGACGUCUUCAUGGAGUACUUCCCACACGGCGUCACCUACCAGGAUGGUGGCGUGGACUCGGCCUUCAAGCCCAUCCGCCCCAGUGCCAGCGCCAGCCCCGUGCGCAAACUCUACCAGGUGAAGGGCAAGAAGAACAUCCAGGCGACCGAGCAGAACCUGAGCUGGGCCAGCUUCAACACUGGCGACUGCUUCAUUCUUGACCUGGGGGAGACCCUCUUUGUCUGGUGCGGGGUCAGGUGCAACGUGCUGGAACGCAGCAGGGCACAGGAGCUGGCUGCAGCCAUCCGGGACAGCGAGCGGGCUGGAAAGGCUCGCCUGGAGAUCGUGGUGGACGGCGAGGAGCCAUCUGAGAUGCUCGAGGUUCUGGGCCCCAAGCCCACCUUGCAGGAGGGCAGCCCUGAGGAGGACAUCGUUGCCGACCAGAGGAAUGCAGGGGCAGCUCUCCUCUACAAGGUGUCGGACGCCACGGGGCACAUGGACCUUAGCCAGGUGGCUGUGAGCAGCCCCUUCAGCCAGAACCUGCUCUGCUCCGACGACUGCUUCGUGCUGGACAACGGAACCGGUGGCAAAGUCUACGUCUGGAAAGGGCACAAGGCCAAUGAGCAGGAGCACCAGGCGGCCCUGAAGGUGGCUGAGGAGGUGAUCGCCCGCAUGGGACACUCGCCCCAGACACAGGUGGAGAUCCUGCCCCAGGGCCGCGAGACACCCCUCUUCAAGCAGUUCUUCACCAGCUGGAAGUGAGAGAGAAGGUGCCCACAGGGCCAGCGCCUGGCACAGCGUAGCACCGGGUUCAUGCCGGCUUGUCACCUCCCUGCCUUCGCCCGUGCCUGCUCAGCUCUUCCCUGCCACCCCCAUCCCUGUGUCACCCCCAUCCCCUGCCAUCCUUAUCGUUGUGUCACCCAUGCCAUCCCCAUUCCACGCCCGUGUCACUCCCCUUCCCGUGCCAUCCGUCACCAUCACUGUCUUUCCCCUCAAGCCCACAAACCUGUGCUCAUGCUGUCCCCAUACCUGUGCCAUACCUGUGCUGGCCCUGUGCCCACGCUGUCCUAAUGCUCACACUGUCCCCAUGCCCACGCUGACCUAAUGCUCACACAGUCCCCAUGCCCACGCUGCCUCUGUCCCUCCUCAUUUCCACACCAUGUCCCCCUCUGUCCCCCAGGGUCCCCAUGCCCACGCAUCUCUCAUCCAUCCUGUGCCUGAGCACUGGCAAAUAAAGCGUCAGUGCUGAACCCGGUGUCUCCCUGCUCUGGGUGUGAUGCCAGGGACCAGGAGGGGACACACAGGGCAGGGCUGUGGCAGGAAUAUGUCCCCAGCACCCUUGUAUGAUGCCACUCCACCCAGCAUCCUGCGGGGCCACCCAUUCCACAAGCGGCCUCUGCCCCGCGGGGCACUGCCACUGUCCUGCAAUGUCCACAGAGGCUGUGGCAGCACCCAUGGGUGCAAGGUGACCGAGGAGCCCUGGUCCUCACAUGAGCAUCCAGGCCCAACGUGACUGGGAAUCCGGGCCUGCGGCAACGACCAUCACUGGGUCCCCAGUGUCCCCACAGCCCCGCUGUCCCCAUGGCCCUAAACAGCUCCCAGCCCUGGGUCCCUCAUGUCCCCAAGCCCCUGCAUCCCCGAGGUCCCCUAAUCCCAGUAUCCCUGCAGCCACCAUGCCCACAUGUCCUUGGUGUCCCCCACCCCUACCAUCUCCACAGUCCCCGUACCUUGGAUGUCCCUAGUGUCUCCAUGUCCCCAAACCACCCAAAUGUCCAGGUCCCUCAAGUCUCCAAACUCUAGUGUCCCUGCAUCCCCAAGAUCCCCUUGUCCCUGUAUCCCUGCAGCCACCAUGUACACGUGUCCCUGGUGUACCCAACACCUGCUAUCUCCAUAAUCCUCACAUCCCUGCUGUCCCCAUGUCCUUCAUAUCUCCAAGCCCCACUGUCCCUGCAUGCCUGGCCCCUGCAUUCCCAAGGUCCCCUCAUCCCCGUAGCUGUCACGUCCACGCGUCCCUGGUGUCACCAAACCUCCAUUAUCUCUAGUCCCCACAUCCUGGAUGCCCUCAGUGUCCCCAAAUCACAGAAUCACAAGGUUGGAAAGGACCCACUGGAUCAUCGAGUCCAACCAUUCCUAACACUCCCUAAACCAUGUCCCUAAGCACUUCAUCCACCCGUUCCUUAAACACCUCCAGGGAAGGUGACUCAACCACCUCCCUGGGCAGCUGUUCCAGUGCCCAAUGACUCUUACUGUGAAGAAUUUUUUUCUGAUAUCCAACCUGAACCUCCCCUGACGGAGCUUCAGGCCAUUCCCUCUUGUCCUGUCCUCUGUCACUUGGGAGAAGAGCCCAGCUCCCUCCUCUCCACAACCUCCUUUCAGGUAGUUGUAGAGAGUAAUAAGGUCUCCCCUCAGCCUCCUCUUCUCCAGGCUAAACAACCCCAGCUCUCUCAGCCGCUCCUCAUAAGACUUGUUCUCCAGCCCCUUCACCAGCUUUGUUGCUCUUCUCUGGACACGCUCCAGAGCCUCAACAUCCUUCUUGUGGUGAGGGGUCCAGAACUGAACACAGUAUUCAAGGUGCGGUCUCACCAGUGCUGAGUACAGAGGGAGAAUAACCUUCCUGGACCUGCUGGUGACCCCAUUUCUGAUACAAGCCAAGAUGCCAUUGGCCUUCUUGGCCACCUGGGCACACUGCUGGCUCAUGUUCAGUCGGCUGUCGACCAUCACCCCCAGGUCCUUUUCUUCUGUGCAGCUCUCCAGCCAUUCUUCCCCCAGUCUGUAGCGCUGCAUAGGGUUGUUGUGCCCCAAGUGCAGGACCCGGCAUUUGGCCUUGUCCCCCACCAAAGGCCCUCCAUGUCCAGACCCUGGCUCCCCCAUCGCUGCCAGCUCAUUUCUGCCUCCAGCUGCUUUUCUGCCCAGACCUCCCUCCCUCGUUAGACUCAAAUAAUUAGCCCAAGCGCUAAUUACUUAUCCAAUUAUCCCUGCCUUGGCUUCCCUCCCUGAAGCACAAGCCUGGGCACCAUGACCUGUUGUGAAAACACACAGUGAUUCCCAU